AUGUCAACCCUGACUUCACGUUUGGCCUUUGCCUCGGCCGUCCCCGAAACCGAGGGCGCUAACACCGAGGACACCUACCUCAGCCUCGACAGUCGACAGAUCCGACUUCUCACUCUUGAACCUGGGAAAUACGGUGACGAGAUCGUGGGUCAUCUCGAAAUAGUUGACCUCAAGGAUGAGCCUAUCUUUGAAGCUCUGUCCUACUGUUGGGGAAACAGGACUGAUGUUUGCGAGAUCACUGUUGAUGAGCACAAGGUUUACGUUACGAGGAACUUGUACAGGGCUCUUCAGCGACUGAGAUAUGAGACUGUUCCCCGUCAAGUCUGGGCUGACGCCAUCUGCAUUAACCAAGAAGAUGAUGUCGAAAAGGCUCACCAGGUCAACUUAAUGAGGGACAUCUUUACGAGAGCUUCCGGUACCACGCUCUUUGUCGGCGAUUACCAAGACGAUGCAACACCUUCUACACCAUUCAGCAUAGAGGUCGAACCAGAAAGCCAGGCCGGAGUCGAGAACGCGGUUGCACUUAUCCGCAAGCUGGCAGAUGACCAUCACAUCUUCUACCUCGACUUCAACACCGAUGCCAGCUAUCUACCAGACAAGUCAUUUCAGGUGUGGUACAAAGCCACCGAAUGCAUACGCUCUUUUGUCACCCAGCCCUGGUGGUCCCGCAUGUGGACCGUCCAAGAGGCCGUCCUUCCAGCCGACCCAGCCGUGCAAUACGGAGCCAUCAAGUUGAGUUGGAUGGUCCUCAGUCAGGCCGUGGAGAACAUGUUUGGGCACUUUCAGAGAAGAUGCUGCAAUAUGAAGGUCCGAAAUGAUUUGGCUGAGGAACCGCCCAUCGUCACCUUUUACAACAAGGUCUCGGCUGUUGAUCGACGAAGAGAAGAUCCACUGCCGCUGAACAUGCUCUUGGGCAGAUUCCGUGGUCGUAAAGCGACUGACCCCAGAGAUAUGAUCUAUGGAGUCCUCGGACUUGCGCAUGACGAGGCUGCCACAGCUGGGAUCGAAGCGGACUACACCAUUGAGACGGUGCAGUUGUAUGCCCGGAUAGCUCGCAAGUUGAUACAGCUACACAGCGAUCUCCGGCCGUUUAUGCAAGUCUAUCACUUCCAGGGAGACCGUCUUCCUGGACUUCCUUCAUGGGUUCCAGAUUAUUCGCUCGGUGGUGAUUGGGAGUACUACUCGGUCGCGCUAUUGUACGUUCAGGACUUUUGGAAGCCCGUCGACUUGACACCCUUUCAGCCUCCCAAUGGGGACAACCCUUUGGAGUUAGAAGUGUCUGGAAUUCUCUUUGAUGAAAUCGUUGCUGUUGGUGACGCAGUAACACCUUGUCCGAGGAAGCAGAUUAUGGAGGUGUUCGACAAGUGGAUUGACCUGGUUCGAUCUCUCAGAUACUGGACCUCUCGAUAUCCCAACGAAGAGGGCACAUAUGAGGACAACAUGUGGAUGAUACUCUGCCGUGGUCUGAUUUGGCAAAGCUCCCAUGACUACCGGAUGGCAACCCACCAAGACAGACAGCUUGUGGAGGUCGAAAUUCCGACAAUUCCAAAUGGAAGGCCGGUAAACAUUGACCUGCAACUGUUGUACUAUCAGCGGUUCUUUAUCACACGCAAAGGCUACAUGGGCUUGGCGUCUCCCGAUAUUGAAGUCGGAGACAUAGUUCAUGUCUUGGUUGGUGGCAAUACGCCUUUCGUUAUGAGAAGAGCUGGACAGGAUCUUGACGCACGGGGCAACUGCUUUUCUCUCGUUUCGGCAGCCUUUGUCCAUGGGAUCAUGCAGGGUGGCCUAUUGCCCAAAGAUGACGAGCUGGAAUCAUUCACGCUUGUUUAG